AAAGUACUAUAGAUAACAAAAAUCUGGAUUUGAUAAGUAACACCUGUUUCUCCAUUUACAAUAAUUUAUACAAUGUAACAAGUAGAUUGAUUUUAUUACUCAUCCUCUAAUAUACAAUUACGACCUAGAUAGCUAUUUAUAUACAUUUUUAGACAACUAAUUUCCAUUGUGCUCAACAGAUAAAAUUGCUUAAUUAAAAAUAUUUGAUUAACAAUUAAAAAUAAUAACUAAUAUAGGUUAGGUUCAAUCAAUUAGGGAAUGAGUUAACGAUUGGUGAGUGCCUGCAGAAUGUCGAGUUUUGCGGGAAUUUUAAGUUGUUUCCAGAGGUGCACUUCUACAGUCGUCCAACACACUGAACUCGUAUUUUACAAAUUGGGAGUAAAUGUCGGAAAAUUCCCCAUAAGAACAAUAGCAAUAUGUUGGCUGGUAGUGAUUUUGAGUUCGUUUGGAUUCUUUCGAUUUCGACAAGAAAAAAACCCUUUGAAGUUAUGGGUGCCCCCAUAUACAAGUUUCAUUCGCGACUCCCAAUGGCUGAUGUCGACGGUGGAACGCGGCUUUCGAGUGCAAAGCGUCAUUAUUAGCGCAGAUGACGUUCUGACGCCCGACGUAUUGAGAACUCUCUACGAUUUAGACAAUCAAGUCAGAAACUCCAAGACUUCAGAUAACAUUCGAUGGGAAGACGUUUGUUUCAAAAUACCAAAAAUGGAUAAAAAGCUCCUUCAAAUCUUUAAUCUAGAUAAUUCGGAUCCCACAAACAAUAAAACUUUCGACCCAAGCAUCAACUUAAAUCCUGCAUUGUAUUGUAGUUUCGUAGAAGUAAUGCAACAGGAAUGUUUUGAAAGAAGUAUUUUAGAAUUGUGGGACUUUAACGAAACUAAAAUUGAACAGUUGACAAAAAGUGAUAUUUUAAGUGUGAUAAACUCUUUAAUGACAGAUCCUAUUUUUGGAAGGAUGAAAAACUACAAAGACCUUCUUGGAGGCAUAGAAACCGAUUCAAGUGGCAAAAUAGUAAAAGCCAAAGCUAUCACCAAUAUUUGGUGGGUUAAUAUUAAUUUUUCCACUGUGGAUAUGGAUAAAGUCGGGAAUAUGGCGGGAACUGCUGAUUGGGCAUCAGAAGAAGCCUUGAGUUGGGAACUAAAUUUUUUAGAAAUAAUGAAAAAUGCAUCCCAAUAUAUUAAUUACGAUUAUGUCUACGCAUCUGGAAGAAGUUUUGGAGACAUUAGCAACGCGACUAUGUUUCAAGACAUUAACAAACUAAUUCUUGGAGUUUUCAUCAUGGUGAUCUAUGUACAAAUAGUAUUAUCCAAAUUCAAUUUCAUAGAAUCAAGAGUAAUUUUAGGAUCAUUAGGAUUAUUAACUAUAGGCAUGUCUUUUAUAGUUGGAUGUGGUUUAUGUUCCUUGUUUGGAGUUUAUUAUGGACCUGUCCACACCAGUUUGCCAUUUCUUUUAAUGGGUUUAGGUGUGGAUGACAUGUUUGUGAUAAUGACAUGUUGGAACGAGCUGGGGGAAAGUUGCAAAAAUCGACCACUACCGGAGAAGGUUGGAAUGAUGUUGAAACAUGCUGGUGUUUCAAUAACAGUGACUUCUAUAACUGAUGUCAUUGCUUUCAUCAUCGGAUCAUCAACAAUUUUGCCAUGUCUCGAGUCGUUCUGCAUUUAUGCAGGUUUAUGCGUGUUAAUGAUUUAUAUUUUUUCGAUAACGUUUUUCACCGCCUGUUUAGUAUUAGACGAGUAUAGAAUAAACUCAGGACGAAAUGGUAUUUUAAUAUGUAUUAAACACAAGAAACAUGUGCCAAACAAGUGCAGUCAAGUUAACUACACCAAUAAAGUAUUUGAAGCGCUUUACACAAAUGUGAUAUUUACCACUCCCGGAAAAAUAAUUGUGAUAGUAAUUUCAAUAGUUUGUCUCGGAUUCAGUAUUGAAAGUUCCUUAAAACUAGAAAAACACUUCGAUCCCCUUUGGUUCAUACCAUCAAAUACAUACAUGGGAAAAUUUAUUAAAACAAGGGUGCAUUACUACCCUACGUAUGGUAUGGAUGCUGCUUUGUACAUGGGACAGAUUAAUUACACCCACGAAUUGACCAACAUCAAACGAAUGGUUGAUGAGUUACAAAAUUUAAGCAACAUCACCUCUAACGUUGUAUCGUGGGUUGAUCCAUUUCGAAAUUUCGUCUUCGACAAUUUUAAUCAUGAUGUGUACGAAAGUCCCUUGGAUGAAGACAGAUUUAAUUUAUUUUUGUCCAAAUUCCUCUUCAGCCCAAAGCACGCAAUUUUCCAAGCAAACUUCCAGUUUGAACGACCAAUAGAAUGUGGAAUUCCAGUUUCUAAAAUAAAGAUGGCCAGUAUUAACUUCUAUUUCAAACAUUUCUCGCACCCAAAAGAAUACAUACCCGCAAUGCACGAAGUAAGACGAAUACCCGCCGGUUCGAAUUUUACUACGGGUGACAUGUUUUCUACAGUAUGGUCUAAAGUGUUCGCCACAUGGAUCACGGACGAAGUCAUCGACAUUGAAGUGAUGAGAAACCUUCAACUAGCCUUAUUAUGCGUGAUGGGAUGCACAGUACUGCUCAUCACCGACCUACAGAUCUGCUUUUGGAUCUUCAUUUGCGUCCUAAUCACCAUGGUCAACGUCUGUGGCUUCAUGCAAAGAUGGGGAUUAACCAUUGAUUUGGUGUCUUGCAUUGGAUUGGAAUUGGCUAUUGGUUUGUGCGUGGAUUACGCCACGCACAUUGGGCACACCUUUUUGACUGUACAAAAUGGAAGUAGGGCUGAAAGAGCUUUGGAGACUGUCAGUACUAUUGGAAGUGCUGUUUUGUACGGAGGACUGUCUACUUUAAUUGGAGUGUGUAUGUUAAGCCAGUCAGAUGCUUACACCUUUAGAGCUUUUUUCAAAAUUUUCCUUCUAGUCAUAUUAUUUGGAUUGUUUCAUGGUGUGGUAUUAUUGCCAGUGAUCUUAAGUUGGGUGGGCUCCAAACCUUACAGAAAACACAACCUAGUUCCUCAAACUGACAUAGAAAUUAAAUAAAUAGUAUACAAUCAUAUUUGUAGAUAGAUUUAAAUAAAAUUUAUUUUGUUAAA